UCUUCUUGUUCCGAAUUAUUGUCACCAGCUAUUAAAAAAAGGCUAAUUGCUUUCUCCUUUUCUUUUUCGGUUGUUCCCGAUCGAUCUUUCUGCUAAUUUGAGUUAUAUGCUUCUUCUGCGUUGAUUUUUGUGUGUUCUACGGAUUAGAGAGAAGCGAGAGUUCCUUCUCUUAUUUGGGUUUGCGAUUUGUUACUGACCUACGACCAUGGCGUCUUCAUCCUCGUCCGCGCAGCUUCGGCUUAUGUCCGAUCUCAAAACCAUCAUAAACGAGCCUCCGGAGGGAUGCAGCGCCAGUCCAUUAUCUGAAGACAAUUUGUUCGUUUGGAGUGCAAGCAUAUUCGGUCCUGAUGAGACUCCUUGGGAAGGUGGUGUUUUUGGGUUGCGGUUGAUUUUCGGGGAUAACUAUCCCGGGAAACCCCCUCGUGUUCGCUUCACCUCGGAAAUUUUCCAUCCCAAUGGUUAGUGUCAUUCUCAUUUUGUUGUG